AUGAUUGCUAAUGAAUAUAUAGCAUCACAAAAACGUACAAAUAGUGAAGCAUUUAAAACUAAAACUAAAACUAAAGAUGAUUCAACAGUAAAAGAUGAAACUAAAACCAAUGAUUUAAUAACUAGUUUAAAAGAAAAACGAAAUCAAACAGCUAAAUCAAUUUUAGAUUUUGAUUUUAAAAAGAAACGUGUACAAAUUUUAUCACAAGCAAAAGAAAUUAAAGAAAGUGAUUCUAGUGGUGGCAUCUUAUACUGGAUGUUCCGUGAUUGUCGUGUACAAGAUAAUUGGGCAUUAUUAUUUGCACAAAAGUUAGCAUUAAAAAAUGAAUUACCAUUAAAUAUUUUAUUUUGUUUACCACAAAAAUAUUUAGAAUAUAAUGCACGACAUUAUAAAUUCUUAAUAAAAGGUUUAGAAGAAGUUCAAGAAGAAUGUGACGAAUUAAAUAUUAAUUUUAAUGUUUGUGUUGGUGAACCAGCGAUUCAAGUUGUUGAUUUUAUUGAAUCAAAUCAUAUACAGGGUGUUGUUUGUGACUUUUUACCAUUAAAAGAUUGUAUGCAAUGGCAAGAAUCUGUUUUAAAUCAAAUUGAUUCAAAUCAAAUACCAUUUAUACGUGUUGAUGCACAUAAUAUCGUACCAUGUUGGAUUGCUAGUGAUAAAUUAGAAUAUGCAGCUAGAACUAUUCGAAAUAAAAUUAAUUCACAAUUAUCACAAUAUUUACAACAAUAUCCACCUGUAAUUCAACAUAAAUAUAAUAAUAAGAAUAUUAUUAAUAAAAAAAAGAUUGAUUGGAAUGAUGUAUUAAAUCAAUUAAAAUAUGAUAAAUCAGAUGAAUUAAUUAAUAACAAUGAGAUUACAUGGGCUGAAGGUGGCACCUCCAAUGGUCUCAAAAUGUUACAAUCAUUUCAACAAAAACGGAUACAAUUAUUUGGUACAAAACGUAACGAUCCAACAAUCUCAGCUUUAUCAAACUUAUCACCAUGGUUACAUUUUGGUCACAUCUCUGCACAACGUUGUGUUCUAGUAAUACAAGAACUGAAAUCUAAAUAUACAGAAUCGGUGAACUCAUAUUGUGAAGAAGUAAUAAUACGCCGUGAAUUGUCUGAUAACUUUUGUUAUUAUAAUAUAAAUAAAUAUAACAAGCUGGAUGGAGCACCUUCAUGGGCACAACUCACAUUAAAACAACAUUCAAAAGAUAAACGUACUUACCUCUAUACAUUAGAUGAACUUCAACAUGGACGUACACAUGAUGACUUGUGGAAUUCAGCACAAAUAGAAUUAUAUAAAACUGGUAAAUUACAUGGAUUCAUGCGAAUGUAUUGGGCUAAGAAAGUAUUAGAAUGGACUGAAUCACCAGAGCAAGCUUUACAAUACGCUUUAUACUUAAAUGAUCAGUACGCAUUGGAUGGUAACGAUCCAAAUGGUUAUGUAGGUUGUAUGUGGUCCAUUUGUGGUGUACAUGAUCAAGGGUGGGGUGAACGUGAGAUCUUUGGUAAAAUACGAUUUAUGAACUAUCAAGGUUGUAAACGUAAGUUUGAUAUUAAAGCGUACAUAGCACGUUGGGGUGGCAAAGAAUAUAAUAAGAAACAAGAAACCAUACCUUUUAAGAAACUUAAAAAGUAAUUAAAAUAUUAAAUGGUUUUAAUACUUGAUUUUAUAUACAUACGUUGAUUAACUUUAAUACAGGAUGUAACUUUUGAAUCUUAACACUUAAAUAUCUUGUUUUUUAAUUAAUUUAUGUAUUGUAAUAUGUUGUUACUAGUUUGACUCGUAAGUACUUAAACUUCCGUGCUACUGGUAUCCGUGGCUACGGAAUUCUUUAAAGGUCAAGUUAGUCUAUUUUAAUAAAUAUUUAUAUUGAAGAAUGAAUGAUUGUUUAAAAUAACAAAUUUGCACAAAUGAUUAUCAAAUACUAAAUACAAGCUUACUAAAAUUCACCACUCACUAACUUAUUUAGAAUUAUAAAUAAAUACACUAAACUUAUAUUUACAU